GUACGCUAUGGAGAAGCAGACAAGUGCUGAUGCAAGCUUGGCCGGGGCGAGGAGCACUCGUUCAGUUUGGCAAGCCCAAACCAUGGCUCCGCUGAGUAGCGCAUUGGGCAUCAGUGCCAGCGUAAGCGUAGAUGUGCCAAAAAAGACAACUGAAGUUCGCUGCAUGCAGGGGCCUGCUGCUGGUGAGGAGCAGGGAGACGAGAAGUGGGGAGAGAGGGAAUCGUCGUUGGCAUCUGAGGGGAGGGGGGCAGAUGGGGGUGAGGGGGGGUAUGGGGGAGGGGAAGGAGGUGGAGGUGGUUGUGGUGGAGGAGGAGGGGGAGAAGGAGGAGGAGGGGGAGGCGGAGGAGGUGGAGGGGGCGGCGGGGAUGGUGCAUUAGGAACAUGGGCCGCCCGCAAUGGCGGAUCGUAGAUGCGUUUUGAGGGGGGAAACACAGGAGUAGUGUGUUCGUCUGCCCUCUCCUUCCGAUAAAGAGUUCAAAACUCU